GAAGCUCAUGAAAUGAAAACGCUCAAAGAUCGACAAACUUGAUUGAAAAGGAGUGCGGAAGUGCGCCUUACAUGAAAACACUCUCACAAAGACCCAUUUCAUAUUGCUAGCUAUUUUCCAUCACGUCUUCUGAGCACGACCAUAUCAAGCCACCCUUAUCGCGUGCCUCUCUCCGUCCAUCUCCAGUGAUGGCCAUCAACGACGAGGCCGUCAAGCUGAAGGAGCUAGGAAACCAGGCCUUCCGGGAACAUGACUGGCCCACGGCAAUAUCAUUCUACACAAAGGCUAUCAGUUUAUGCGACAACGAAGCUUCAUUCUAUACGAACCGUGCUCAAGCGAAUAUAAAACUGGAAAACUUCGGUCUCGCAAUAGCAGAUGCAACUAAGGCUCUCGAAAUCGAACCUGAUAAUGUUAAGGCUUACUACCGGCGCGCAGUAGCUCAUACGGCAACCUUACACCAUCAAGAUGCGCUAAGAGAUUGGAAAGUUGUGAUUAAGAAGAACCCCAAUGACGCAAAGGCAAAAUUGCAAUAUAACGAAUGCAACAAAAUCGUCAAACGCGAUGCCUUUCUCAAAGCAAUAGACAUAGGUGAAGCUCCUAGUGCAGCAGAGGGCUUGGAUUUGGAGCAUAUGGUUGUGGAAGAUUCGUAUGACGGUGCCAAGCUCGAUAUGGAGCAAGGUAUGACUGAAGACUUCAUCAAAGACAUGGUCCAGCGAUUCAAGGACGGAAAGAAGAUCCACAAAAAAUAUGUCUUCCAGAUCAUCAUUGCAGUGAAAGAUCUUGUGUACGCGGAGCCGACAAUGGUGGAGACGUCAGUUGCAGAGGGGCACAAGCUUACAGUUUGUGGCGAUACACAUGGUCAGUACUUCGAUCUGAUCAAUAUUUUUGAGAUCAACGGAUACCCGUCAGAGAAACACGGCUAUCUCUUCAAUGGAGACUUCGUGGAUCGUGGUUCCUGGUCAACGGAAGUAGCUUUGACACUGUACGCAUAUAAGCUGUUAUUUCCUAAGACCAUCUUACUCAACCGUGGAAACCAUGAAACCGAUGAUAUGAAUCGCAUGUAUGGAUUUGAAGGUGAAUGCAGGGCUAAAUAUUCGACCGAUCGUGUUUUUAAGCUCUUUUCGGAGUCCUUUUCGGCACUCCCACUUGCCACGUUGAUAGGACAGAAAUAUCUUGUAUUGCAUGGGGGCUUAUUUUCAGAUGACAAUGUCACACUCGACGAUAUACGAAAUUUUAACAGGCAUAGGCAACGGCAACCCGGUCAAAGCGGCCUUAUGAUGGAGAUGCUAUGGACAGAUCCUCAAAAAGAGCCCGGAAGAGGUCCUUCUAAGCGCGGUGUCGGCUUACAAUUUGGCCCAGAUAUUACGAAGAAGUUCUGUGAAAAGAAUCACUUAGAAGCAGUCAUACGAAGUCAUGAAGUCCGCAUGGAUGGGUAUGAAGUUGAGCAUGACGGCAAGUGUAUCACCGUAUUUUCAGCACCCAGGUAUUGUGAUUCAACGGAGAACAAGGGUGCAUUUAUCAAUAUUGGAUCGGAUUACAAGCUCGACUUCACACAGUUCGACGCUGUUCCGCAUCCAAAUAUACGACCAAUGGCAUAUGCGCUUAACGGGCUAUCUGGCAUGGUCUAGGUAUGAUCCCUGACCUCGAGAACACAACGCUGUGUACAAUAUACACACCUUCGUACACCGAGUCCUAUGUUUGCGGCACCCUAGUUGGCUUCCGCCGUAGAAAGACUUGGCUUUAAUCAGUCACAUCGAUCACAAAAAUCCUUGGCAUCAAGGCAAAAUCGUUUCUACUUUAGCAUGGCAUGGCGAGGUGUUGUAAUCGAUAGCGACGAUAGUUGAAAAAAUUUUAGCUUAUGCGGUGGCUAUGCGUCUUGCCAUAUCCGCGUGUAGAAUCUAAAUAAAGCGAUCUAAAACUGCGAAUGUAUGUUUAAGGAAAGCGUCAUCUCAAUAGCCUAAGUCUGCUUGGAAGAGUAGCUUAAUGUUCUUGUGUUUGUUCACUCUAAAAUUGCUGGCAUGGCAGAAGUAUAAAUUGGAAGAAUUCUUGCUGUUCUGUUGAAUUCUCGUUUAAAAAUCU